UUACAUAUAAUCAAAAAAUGACCUUACUUUAGAACGUUUGACAGCGCCGAGGUUUGUUAUGCUGUCUAAAAUGAGGUUAAGUUAACCAUAACAUAACCACACAUUUUUAUGUACCUAUCAUUUUUAAUUGUUUAUUACUUAAAAUGUGAAAAUUAUGGCCCAUUUCUAUGAAAGAAUCAGUUUUGUAGUGGGCCUCGCUAUAGGCGUGGUCCUAGCAUUCCAUUUUCGACCCACUGUGGUGAUAAACGAACCCUCCUCCACAUACAAAACCUGGUUUUCCCAACAAAACUUAACAAGGAAAUCGGUUAAUUGGGACACUAUAAGGUACACAAAUGCAGCAUUUGUCACCGAAUCAGCUUUUUUACACAAUAAAAUCAAAAUUCUUUGUAUUAUAUUGGUGAAAUCUGAGAGGAAUUUUGUGUCGGCUAGUGCCACUUGGGCCAAAGGUUGUAACCGAGUUAAAGCGAUUUACUUAGAAAGCAAUCGUAAGCAAAUGCCUCGAAAGGUGGACAAAAGAAAGUCCUCAUGGUUUUUAUUAUGUAAUAAUCUACUCGAGGAAAACCAGUUUGAUUGGACUUUAAUAGUGCAAGACACCAGCUUCGUUAUUAUGGAGAACUUAAGGUUUUAUGUGGCCCCACUCGAUAAAGACGACAAACAUUAUUUGGGGCAUGCGGUCAAGUUUUGGAGCACUAUUUACAAUAGUAAGGAGCCCGGGUACGUACUUAGCCGAGGGACUAUUAAGGCUUUCAAUAAAUUCAUGACUCGAGAAAAGUGUGAAGAGAACCGCUACUGGAAUAAAGAAGAUUAUUAUUUGGGGCAGUACUUGGCCAAUUUAAAUGUAACCGUUGGACCAACCUAUGACGAUAAAGGCCUGACGACCUUUUACCCAUACAGUUGGUACCAAGUGUUCUUUCCGGGGGGGAAUUAUUAUCGGAAUGCCAUCUAUAGGGUCAAAUGUUGUAGUAAAAGGUCAAUCGCUUUUAAGGCUAUCGAUGGUGAUAAAAUGUAUUUUUACAACUACAUCUUAUAUAAUUUACAAAUCUUCACUGGUGGGGACAAUGGUAAUGUCCCAUUUAAAGAUGGAACUCCAGUGGAUUUGGUGUGGAAGUCGUUCGUGCAAGGCCAAAAUGUGUCUGUCAAGGAUCAAAUUGGUGCAGAUCAGUAUUAUAAAUUAUGGGAGGGUCUCGUAAACGAUCCGGAUUCUUUUGCGAAAAAUAUGAAAAAAGAACAUUCCUUUGAUUAUGAUUAAUUGCUACUUAAAACUUACGGCAACGUUCCUGUGAUAAAUCUUAUGAUGUUUAAUGUUGUGACUAUUUUUUAUAUAGAUAUUUUUUUUAAAUAAAAAAAACCAAGUGAA